CGCGCGUAUGUCGAAUCUGGUGGAGCUACUACAAAAUGGACCCGAAAAAGGAGAAAUCGAAAUUCAAAUUAUUCGGAACUAAAGAUGCGGCAAAACCACCGCCGAAGGAAAGGCGAACUACCAGAAAAGUUCCGGAUUCUCCAGUUGCGCCACCUGCGGACGACCUUACGAAGUUGUCUGAAGAGGAGAUUGAGCAGAAAUUUGUCUUGAUGCUUGAGGACAUGAAUCUGACCCAGGAGCAGACGAAAUCGUUGCGGACCAGGCCACUAGCCGUCAAAUUGGAAAUGCUCAUGAGUCACCAAGCCAACCUACAAGCGUCGAAGAAUAAUGACCCUGAAGCCUUCGUAUCAGUGCUCCGCAACCCGCACCAUCAAUCAAACAAACAGCUAUUGCACUUGUUUGAUGAGCUGCAUGUUCGACUUCGAACCAGUGGUGUUAGCUGGAUUCGGAACUUUAAUAACCAACAAAAUGAUGGCUUGAAUUUGCUUCUUAGAAUUUUGGCUCUUUCNUCCCUAACUGCUACUAUCCAAACUGCAGUCUGUCUUGUUUGCGCUGUAUCCGCAUGCUUGGUAACUGUGGUUACGGAUUGUCUGCAUUAG